AUGCAGACUGACAAUCCCACAUUCACUCCUGUACGACAAUACUGCUUUUCAAUCUACGAGCAACCUGCCAUGAUACCUCAAUCCGCCUUGAGAAGGUCGCUCAUCAGCCCAAUUGGUCGCAUCUCCCCCUCGGUUACUCACUGCUUUUCAACGACUGCGGUACCCAACGAACGUGCCUCGGCCGUUGCAAACAAUCCGCCGGCUCGCCCCCAUGGCAUCGAUCCACGAUGGCUCACUACGAUGAAGCGUCGAGUGGGAAAAUGCAUAAGCUUUGGGCUCAAACCAGCGCAGAUCAAGCCCGCAGGUGAUAUUUUACAGCAAUUGGCCCACGAUUGGCGCGAGUUGCUCGCUGGGAGCGAGGGAUUCUUGACCGACGCGAAGAGGCGGAGCCUCUACAAGCACAACGUUGUGUGGGGAGAAAUGGAUGUCAUGGGCCAUGUCAAUAAUGUCACUUACGUUCGCUACGCCGAAUCGGCCCGGGUGAAUUGGACACGCAAUAUUGGCAUGCAUAUCGAUGCGGCUAAUCGGGAGAAAUGGUUCAAUCUCCUGAACUCAAGGGGCAUUGGUUUGAUUCUUCGCAGCAUCAAGGUGGACUAUAAGUUUCCGAUGACUUUCCCCGAUAAAAUUACCGUCUAUCAAAAGCUAGUUCACAAUCCAGAUUCCGCCUUGUCCUCCCAAUCGGCCUUUCAGCUUCAAGUGAUGAUUUUAUCAGAGGCUCGUCAGCGCCCUGCAGCACGGUGUCACGAGGAUAUCGUCACUUAUGAUUACAGGAAGCAACGGAAAACUGCACAGCUACCACCAUUCAUCCUUGAACAAUUCAAGACCAUGUGGCAACUGCAAGAACAGGCCAAGAUGGAAUGGCAAAAGAAAAUUGCUGACCUUGAGAACCGGGUGCGGAAUCUCGAGCUCUCGAGCUGGGACCGAAAAGACGCCGUAGAGGAUACUGGAUCGGCAUGA